AUGAAUACAUUUCAUGAAUAUUAAUUAUAAAUACCUCAUACCAAACAACUCGAAUCAAUAAAUGAAAAAUCAAACAUGGAAGGUAGUAUCGUUUUAAGUAGUGAGAGGUUAAGUCAAAAAUAAAAAAAAUUAGAAAUUAGACAAAUAACUUCAAGUAGAUUGAUACCCGUUAACAAUGAAAAAUUACCCAGAUUGUCUCAAAGCAAAUCUCCACCCCAACAGCUUAAAACCAUAAGAGCAAUAACUGAAUAUCAAGCGCCUUCUAAAUUACAAACAAUUAAGUCGUUUAGGGCAAAUACAGAAAAUGAUGCAACUCUCUAUACUGAUGAUGAGAAAGGAAAACCUAAAUUCAGAAGGGAUGAUAAAAAAUCAAAAACAAGCAAUCAGAAAACUGGAAUUUACGAAAGUAUGUAAAACAAAAAGUUUAUUGAGUUUGCCGACUAAAUUAGAAGACUCAAAGAUUAAUUAGAUUCUUUACAAAAAUAUUUGAAUAAUUCAAGAAAACUAUUUUUAGUAGUGAGGAAUAUUGUUGAAAAACGAAAGAAUCUAAGAAAAAUUCUAUUAAAGAAUGGUAAAGAUGAGCUUGUAGAGUUUUCUGACAUUGAAAAAUAUUGCAGUAUUAAGGAAUUUGUCAAUAUAAAUGGAGAAUAAAAGCUGGUUGAUAAGCUAAAUAUCUCAUUAUUAGAUGAUAUCAUCUAUGCCAAUGAUGUUUUAGAAAAUCUGAAAAUAUAAAAUGAAAUUCUAGAUAUUAAAGAAAUGGCUGACUAAGUACAUUUUAAUACAAAUUAUGAUUAUAAUAGAAAAAAAUCAAAUAAGCAGGUUGAACAAAAUUUUAAAAAUCAACUAAGAAGAAGACCUAAAGUUAUCUUUCACGUCUAUGGCAAUGUCAAGAUAUAAUUUGCAUGA